UUUGGAGGUCUCUGUCAAGUUGGGAACCUAGCAAGAUACUUCUCACUAGAAGCUGCUGGCCUGCACUUCCAUCAAAUUGGCCUGUGUUACACCUGUGGCCAUUGAUGGGGGACAUAAAAAGGUGCCUGGGAGAAUGGACCAGACCUGUGAAGUGAAGCACAAGGUGAUGGACAGCCCUCUGGGGAAGGUUGAGGUCUCUGCCUGUGAGCAGGGCGUGCAUGAGAUCAGGCUGCACGGCAUGAAGAGCCCAGAUGCCAGAGCCGUGGAGGCCCCCACUCUUCCUGAGCUGCUCCGCUGUCCAGGAGAGAUGACGGCACCCCUGAAGCAGUGCGUGGCCUGGCUGGAUGCCUAUUUCCAUGAGCCUGCGGUCCUCAAAGACCUCCCUUUGCCUGCGAUUCACCAUCCCAUUUUCCAGCGAGAGUCAUUCACCAGACAGGUGCUGUGGAAGCUGCUGAAGGUUGUCAAACUCGGAGAAGUGGUUUCUUACCAGCAAUUAGCAGCCCUGGCAGGCAAGCCCCGAGCAGCACGGGCCGUUGGCGGAGCGAUGAGGGCCAAUCCUCUGCCCAUCCUCAUCCCGUGCCACAGAGUGGUCUGCAGCAGUGGAGCCGUGGGCAACUACUCCUCAGGCCAGGCCACAAAGGAAUGGCUUCUCGCCCACGAAGGCCACCUGGUGAGGAAGCUGACCUGUCCAGGAGGCUCCAGCGUGGGCAGCACCUCCCACUCCAGCCUGCUGGCCAGAGGGGAGUACUUGUGGGAGUAAAUACUUGAGUGACACAUAAAGGUCGCAGCGUGUUGGAGGUGGGCUGUGCAGUAUUAAAAGAGCUGGACGUGUUCCUAGGGGA